AAAAAGGAAGCAAUCCUAUCCGUCACUGCUGAGCGCUAAUGCUGCUGUCACUCCAGCCAGUCAAGUUCCCUAAAGUCCUCUGAGAAAAUCUUGGGACUUUUCACUAAAUCAUACAAAAUUUACCUUUUUUCUCCUGGGAGCCAAAUAUAUUUUUAGAGAAGAAUUAAUCUUUCGUUUCUCCAGUCGAACAUUUUCUAGCAAUCAGAGCCAUGCAAAUUGAGCUCUCCACCUGCUUCUUUCUGUGCCUUUUGCCUUUCAGCUUUGGUGCCAUCAGAAGAUACUACCUGGGCGCGGUGGAACUGUCCUGGGACUAUAUGCAAAGUGAACUGCUCAGUGAGCUGCACGUGGACACAAGGUUUUCUCCUAGAGUGCCAAGAUCUUUUCCAUUCAACACCUCAGUCAUGUACAAAAAGACUGUGUUUGUAGAGUUCAUGGAUCAGCAUUUCAACAUUGCCAAGCCCAGGCCACCAUGGAUGGGUCUGCUGGGUCCUACCAUCCAGGCUGAGGUUCAUGACACGGUGGUCAUUACACUUAAGAAUAUGGCUUCUCAUCCUGUUAGUCUUCAUGCUAUCGGUGUAUCCUACUGGAAGUCUUCUGAAGGUGCUGAAUAUGAGGAUAAAACCAGCCAAAGGGAGAAGGAAGAUGAUAAAGUCAUUCCUGGUAAAAGUCAUACCUACGUCUGGCAGGUCCUGAAAGAAAAUGGUCCGACGGCCUCUGACCCACCAUGUCUCACCUACUCAUAUCUUUCUCAUGUGGACCUGGUGAAAGACGUGAACUCAGGCCUCAUUGGAGCCCUGCUGGUUUGUAGAGAAGGGAGUCUGACCAAAGAAAGGACACAGACCUUGCACGAAUUUGUACUACUUUUUGCUGUAUUUGAUGAAGGGAAAAGUUGGCACUCAGGAAAAAAUGAGUCCUUGACACAGGCUGUGGAUCCUGCAUCUGCAAUGCACACAAUCAAUGGCUAUAUAAACAGGUCUCUGCCAGGUCUGAUUGGAUGUCAUAAGAAAUCAGUCUAUUGGCAUGUGAUUGGGAUGGGCACCACCCCUGAAGUGCACUCAGUUUUCCUUGAAGGGCACACAUUUCUUGUGAGGAACCAUCGCCAGGCUUCUUUGGAGAUCUCACCAAUAACAUUCCUUACUGCUCAGACACUCCUGAUGGACCUUGGCCAGUUUCUACUGUUUUGUCAUAUCUCUUCCCACCAACAUGAUGGUAUGGAAGCUUAUGUCACAGUAGAUAGCUGCCCAGAAGAACCCCGCAAAUGGAUGAAGAGUAAUGAAGAAGAAGAUUAUGAUGAUUUUUAUGACUCUGACAUGGAUGUGGUCAGAUUUGAUGGUGACAGCGCUCCUCCCUUUAUCCAAAUCCGCUCAGUUGCGAAGAAGCAUCCUAAAACCUGGGUCCACUACAUUGCUGCUGAAGAGGACGACUGGGACUAUGCUCCCUCAGUCCUUACCUCCAAUGACAGAAGUUAUAAAAGUCUGUAUUUGAACAAUGGUCCUCAGCGGAUUGGUAGGAAGUACAAAAAAGUCCGAUUUAUAGCUUACACAGAUGAAACAUUUAAGACUCGUGAAGCUAUUCAGUAUGAAUCAGGAAUCCUGGGACCUUUACUUUAUGGAGAAGUUGGAGACACACUUUUGAUUAUAUUUAAGAAUAAAGCAAGCCGACCAUAUAACAUCUACCCUCAUGGAAUCACUGAUGUCAGUCCUUUGCACCCAGGGAGAUUUCCAAAAGGUGUGAAACAUUUGAAAGAUAUGCCCAUUCUGCCAGGAGAGAUAUUCAAAUAUAAAUGGACAGUGACUGUAGAAGAUGGGCCAACUAAAUCAGAUCCUCGGUGCCUGACCCGAUAUUACUCAAGCUUCGUUAAUCUAGAGAGAGAUCUAGCUUCAGGACUCAUUGGCCCUCUCCUCAUCUGCUACAAAGAAUCUGUAGAUCAAAGAGGAAACCAGAUGAUGUCAGACAAGAGAAAUGUCAUCCUGUUUUCUGUAUUUGAUGAGAAUCAAAGCUGGUACCUCACAGAGAAUAUUCAGCGCUUCCUCCCCAAUGCAGAUGGAGUGCAGCCCCAGGAUCCAGAGUUCCAAGUCUCCAACAUCAUGCACAGCAUCAAUGGCUAUGUUUUUGAUAGCUUGCAACUGUCGGUUUGUUUGCAUGAGGUGGCAUACUGGUACAUUCUAAGUAUUGGAGCACAGACUGACUUCCUGUCUGUCUUUUUCUCUGGAUAUACCUUCAAACACAAAAUGGUCUAUGAAGACACACUUACCCUAUUCCCCUUCUCAGGAGAAACUGUCUUCAUGUCAAUGGAAAACCCAGGUCUGUGGGUUCUGGGGUGCCACAACUCAGACUUUCGGAACAGAGGCAUGACAGCCUUACUGAAGGUUUAUAGUUGUGACAGGAACACUGGUGAUUAUUAUGAGGACACAUAUGAAGAUAUUCCAACCUUCUUGCUGAAUGAAAACAAUGUCAUUGAACCCAGAAGCUUCUCCCAGAAUUCAAGGCACCCUAGCACUAGGCAAAUGCAAUUCAAAGCCACCACAACUCCAGAGAAUGAUGUAGAGAAGACUGACCCUCAGUUUGGAGAGAGAAUGCAGCUGCUUAAAGAACAAAGUGUCUCCUCUAGUGAUUUGUUGGUGCUCUUGGGACAGAAUCCUACUCCACAUGGAUUAUCCUUAUCUGAUCUCCAAGAAGCCAGAAAUAAGGCUAAUGAUCAUUUACCUAGAGCAGUAGAAAGAAACAAGCACCCGUCUGAAGUGGUACAUCUCACACCAGAGCUCCAUCACAGUGGGAAAAGAGUAUCUACGCCUGAGCCAGAGCUGCCGUUAAGAUUGAAUGAGAAUUUGGGGACAACUAUAACAGUAGAGUUGAAGAAACUUGAUUUUAAAAUUUCUAGUUCAUCGAACAACCUAAUGACUCCACCAACAAUUCCAUCAGACAAGUUGUCAGCAGGUACUGAAAAGACAGGUUCCUUAGGACCCCCAAAUAUGCCAGUUAAUUUUAGUAGUCAAUUAGGUGCCAUUGUAUUUGGCAAAAAUUCAUCUCACUUUAUUGGGUCUGGUGUACCUUUGGGCUUGAGUAAAGAAGAUAAUGAUUCCAAGUCAUUAGAAGCAGUUUUAACAAAUAGUCAAGAAAGUUCACUGGGAGAAAAUGUAUUAUCAGUGGAGAGUGAUAGGUUAUUUAAAGAGGAAAGAGUUCGUGGACCUGCUUCAUUGACCAAAGAUGAUGCUUUAUUUCAAGUUAAUAUCUCUUUAGUAAAGACAAACAAGGCACCAGUUAACUCAACAACUAAUACAAAGACUCACAUUGAUGACCCAGCAUUAUUAAUUGAGAAUAGUACAUCAGCUUGGCAAGAUAUUAUGUUAGAAAGUAAUACUGAGUUUCAAGAAGUAACUUCCUUAAUUCAUAAUGAAAUGUUUAUGGACAAAAAUACUACAGCUUUGGGACUAAAUCAUGUGUCAAAUAAAACUACUUCGUCAAAAAAUAUGGAAAUGGUCCACCAAAACAAAGAAGGCUCUGUGCCACUAGAUGCGGAAUAUCCAGAUACAUCGUUCUUCAAGACUCUGUUCUUGCCAGAUUCAACAAAUUGGAUAAAAAGGACCCAUGGCAAGAACUCCCUAAGUUCUGGGCAAAGGCCCAAUCCAAAGCAAUUAACAUCUUCGGGAUCAGAAAAAUCUGUGAAAGAUCAGAAUUUCUUGUCAGAGAAGAAUAAGGUGGUAGUAGGAGAGGAUGAAUUUAGCAAGGGCACAGGUCUUAAAGCGAUGAUUUUUCCAAAUAGCAAGAACGUAUUUCUUACUAACUUGGCUAAUGUCCAAGAAAAUGAUACACAGAAUCAAGAAAAAAAGUCUCAGGAAGCGAUAGAAAGGAAAGAAAAAUUAAUCCAAGAGAAUGUAGUUUUGCCUCAGGUGUAUACAGUGACUGGAACUAAGAAUUUUCUGAAGAACCUUUUUUCACUAAGCACUAAGCAAAAUGUAGAAGGUUUAGAUGAGGAGACAUAUUCUCCAGUACUUCAAGACACCAGGUCAUUGAAUGGCUCAGCAAAAAGAGCAGGGAUUCACAUGGCCCAUUUCUCAAAAAUAACGGAGGAAGCAAAUUUGGAAGACUUGGGAAAUCAAACAAAGAAAAUGCUAGAUAAAUAUCCAAGCACCACAAAGAUGUCUCCUAUUCCAAGUCAGCAGAAGGCUAUACCUCAACGUGAUAAGCGGGAUUUGAAGCAAUUCAGACUCCCACUGGAAGAAAUAAAGUUUGAAAGGGGGGUAAUUUUGAAUGACACCUCAACUCAGUGGUCCAAAAACAUGAAAUAUUUGACCCAGGGCACCGUCACACAGAUAGAGUACAACAGGAAGGAGAAAAGGGCCAUUAUUCAGUCAUUCUUAUCAGAUUGUUCUAUGAGGAGUCAUGACAUUCAAACAAAUGGCUCUGCAUUACCCAUUGCACAGGUAUCAGUAUUCCCAUCAAUUAGACCUACAGAUGUGACCAAGAUUCCAUCCCAAGACAACUCUUCUCAUCCUCCAGCAUCCGCCUGUAGUUAUAGCUUUGUGGAAAGGAGUUCUGGGGUCCAAGAAAGCAGUCAUUUCUUACAAGGAGCCAAGAGAAAUAACCUUUCUUUAGCCUUCCUAACCUUGGAAGUGAUUGGAGGUCAAAGAAAUAUCAGCGCCCUAGGGAAACGGGCCACAAACUUACUCAUGUACAAGAAACUUGAGAACACUGUUCUCUUGAAACCAGGAUUGCCUGAAGCAUCUGGCAAAGUUGUUCAUCAGGAAGACUUUUUCCAUACAAAAACUAGCAAUGGUUCUCCUGCCCACCUGGAUCUCAGGGAAGAGAUAUUCCUUCAGAAAACACAGGGACUUGUUAAAUUGAAUAAAGUAAAUAGACCUGGAAAAGUGCCCUUUCUGAAAUGGGCAACAGAAAGCUCUGAAAAUACUCCCCCCAAGCUGCUGGGUCCCCUUGCUUGGGAUAACCAAUAUGCUACCCUGAUACCAAGAGAAGAUAAAUCCCUAGAGAAGUCACAAAAACACAGAGCUUUUAAGACAAAAGACAUCAUUUUGCCCCUGGACCCUUGUGAAAACAAUCAUUCAAUAGCAGCAAUAAAUGAAGUACAAGAUAAGACCCAAAGAGAAGCCACCUGGGUAAAGCAAGGAGGGGCUGGAAGGUUGUGGUCUCAAAAUCCACCAGUCUUGAAACGCCAUCAAAGGGAAAUAACCCUUACUACUUUUCAGCCAGAGGAAGACAAAAUUGACUAUGAUGAUACUUUCUCACUUGAUACGAAGAGAGAAGAUUUUGACAUUUAUGAUGAGGGUGAAAAUCAGGACCCCCGCAGCUUUCAAAAGAGAACGCGACACUAUUUUAUUGCUGCAGUGGAGCGGCUCUGGGAUUAUGGGAUGAAUAGAUCCCCCCAUGCACUAAGAAACAGAGCUGAGAAUGGAGGUGUCCCUCAGUUCAAAAAGGUGGUAUUUGAGGAAUAUGCUGAUGGCUCCUUUACUCAGCCCUUAUACCGCGGAGAACUAAAUGAACAUUUGGGACUCUUGGGACCAUAUAUAAGAGCAGAAGUCGAAGACAACAUCAUGGGGUCACAUGCCAAGCACUGUGGGUUUGAGGGGUCCAAGAAUGGUGCAACUGACUUGGGUGUUUUUGAGACAGUGGAAAUGCUACCAUCCAAAGUUGGAAUUUGGCGGAUAGAAUGUCUUAUUGGCGAACACCUGCAAGCUGGGAUGAGCACUCUUUUCCUGGUGUACAACAAGAAAUGUCAGACUCCGCUGGGAAUGGCUUCUGGACGCAUUAGAGAUUUUCAGAUUACAGCUUCAGGACAAUAUGGACAGUGGGCCCCAAAGCUGGCCAGACUUCAUUAUUCUGGAUCAAUCAAUGCCUGGAGCACCAAGGACCCCUUUUCCUGGAUCAAGGUGGAUCUGUUGACACCAAUGAUUAUUCACAGCAUCAUGACCCAGGGCGCCCGUCAGAAGUUGUCCAGCCUCUACAUCUCUCAAUUUAUCAUCAUGUAUAGCCUUGAUGGAAAGCAGUGGCGGAGUUAUCGAGGGAAUUCCACUGGGACCUUAAUGGUCUUCUUUGGCAAUGUGGAUUCAUCUGGGAUAAAACACAAUAUUUUUAACCCUCCAAUUAUUGCUCGGUAUAUCCGUUUGCACCCAACGCAUUACAGCAUCCGCAGCACUCUUCGCAUGGAGUUGAUGGGCUGUGAUUUAAACAGUUGCAACAUGGCACUGGGAAUGGAGAGUAAAGCAAUAUCAGAUGCACAGAUUACUGCCUCAUCCCACUUAAGCAAUCUGUUUGCCACCUGGUCUCCUUCACAAGCCCGACUUCACCUCCAAGGGAGGACUAAUGCCUGGAGACCCCGGGCAAAUAAUCAAAAAGAGUGGCUGCAAGUGGACUUCCAGAAGACAAUGAGAGUCACAGGAAUAACCACCCAGGGGGUGAAAUCUCUGCUCACCAGCAUGUAUGUGAAGGAGUUCCUCAUAUCCAGUAGUCAAGAUGGCCAUAACUGGACUCUGUUUCUUCAGAAUGGCAAAGUAAAGAUUUUUCAGGGAAAUCAAGACUCCUUCACACCCGUGGUGAACGCUCUAGACCCCCCGCUGUUUACCCGCUUCCUUCGAAUUCACCCGCAGAGCUGGGCGCACCACAUCGCCCUGAGGCUGGAGCUUCUGGGCUGCGAGGCGCAGCAGCAGUACUGAGGCCCGGUCCUUCCUUCCUGGCCCCGGGCCCUUUCCUGAUUCGGGUCCAGCAUCCCUCUGAGCCCGCCCUCUGGGUCACUUCCUGCCCCACGCUGCCCACGGUGCCAUCGUUUUUCUAUGUAUUUCAAUUCCUCAGUCCCGGCAGAUAUGCCCUGAAGCCUCCCAAAUCAAUCGUCAUGUGUCCUGCGUUCUCUGGGGCUGUUGCAUCCAAUUUACCUCUUGCGCAUUUGCUGCGGCCGCUCCCAGAUUGGUCCUUCCUUCCAAGGUACUCAGGCAAAAAGCAAUGAGGAAACUCAGCUGGAAAGCAUUCUCCUCUGGACACGGCCACCACUUCCUCCUCUGUGGUGACCAAGAAAGGUCAUGAUCAUACUAGGCUUCUAAAGGACAUAUUUUUAAUAUUUCCACAGAAAAAUGAGGAAAAUCCAUGGCUCUCUGGGAUAGGAGAUACAACAUUGUAAUUCUAAUCAUGCACUCAUUUUACUCCCUCCUCAGCUAAUUUCCUGCUGAAACGACACAACAAAAUGUACCAGGAAAUUCUGUACCCUAACUGCCCAAGAGGAACCCCCACCUCGCCCCACCCCUGACAGAUAAGGUUGGGAAUGGCUUACUGUCCUGUAAAAGUCCAUUAAGGUUAGAGGUUAAUUUACAGAAAUCAAUAAGGUGAUAUGGUUUGACUCCCUGUAAAAGGUUAACCACUUUUAUGUCUAACUUAAUCAUCUUGUUUUGGCAUUCUUUUCCCAUUGACCACAUACAUCUUUAUUUUUCAAAUGCUCUUGGAACCAGCUCUUUUGUCUUCCCGCUGGUUCCCUCAAUAAUCAGUUAAACAAAACAUUGAUGUGUGAAAACAAAUGCCUUUGAGAGUUGUGCUUUUAUACUGGAAAUAAAAAUGUGAACAAUGAAAUUUUAUAAUUUAUGAGGUGAAGCUAACAUUUAAAAAAUUAGAAAUGGAGCCUUGAUCCAGUAGCAGAGAGAGAGAUUCUUAACCUUGACAUCCAUUAGCACUAGAAGGCAUAAAGGCAGUAGUCUGGCCUCUGGCCCAUCCCACAAACCCCCCUUUUAUAAGUUUUCUAGAGGUUGUGACCAACCAGAAUCCGGGAGAGGCUGCAGCAGAACGUAGUGAACCUAAUGUGAGAAAUGCUGUACUUGCAUCACCCAGAUCUCCUGGGAUCACUUUUACGAGUUCAGUGUUUGCAAUCAUACUCCAGCUGAUUUGGCUAAUGGGGGGGCCUGUACUCAGAAACCUACAAGACCCUGAUGAAGAUGACACAGAUGGACAAAUAUACUGUGUUUAUGGAUUGGAAAAA